AUGGAGCUGGUGCGCUUGCUUCUGUCGGCGGUGGCCGCCGGGGAGGCGGGCGACGCGCGCGCGGCGGCCGCGGCUCUGCGGGAGGUCGACCGCCGCGCGUCGUGCCGCGGCGGCGGCGACCCAGCGCAGCGCGUCGCGGCGUGCUACGCGGCCGCGCUGGCGCCGAGGCUGGCCGCCGGGCUCCGGCCGGCCAGAUCUUCGCCGGCGGCCCCAGCGGCCGCGCGGGCCGAGCAGUUUCUGGCGUACACCAUGUUCUACCAGGCGUCGCCGUUCUACCAGUUCGCGCACUUCACGGCGAACCAGGCGAUCGUCGAGGCCUUCGAGUCCGGCGGCCGGCGCCGCCUCCACGUCGUCGACUUCGACGUCUCGUACGGGUUCCAGUGGCCUUCGCUGAUCCAGUCCCUGUCGGACGCCGCCGCCGCCGCCACCAGCAGUUCAUCCCACGACGACGACGACAACGGAGGCGGCUGCGGCGACGGUCCGGUGUCCCUGCGGAUCACCGGCUUCGGCGCGAGCGCCGACGAGCUACGGGAAACCGAGGCGCGGCUCCGGCGGUUCGCCGCCGGCUGCCCCAACCUACGGUUCGAGUUCGAGGGCAUCCUGAACAACGGAUCGAACACCCGCCAUGAUUGCACCAGGAUCGACGACGACGCGACGGUGGUCGUCAACCUGGUGUUCCCGGCGAGCUCAAGAGAAGCGUGCGCCGCCACAAGAAUGGCUUACAUCAACUCCCUGAACCCGUCCAUGGUGUUCUUGAUCGAGAAACACGACGGCGGCGGCGGGCUCACCGGCGGCGACAACACCACUACAGGAAGAAGCGCGAGCUUGCUCCCGCGGUUCGCCGCCAACCUCCGAUACUUCGCCGCCGUGUUCGACUCGCUCCACGAGUGCCUCCCGGCGGACAGCGCCGAGAGGCUCGCCAUCGAGAGGGACCACCUCGGGAGGGAGAUCGCCGACGCCGUGGCCUCGCUAGACCACCAACACCGCCGCCGCCAUGGCGGCGGCGGCGGCGGCGGCGAUCACGCAGCAGCUAGCUGGAACUGGAAGGCGGCCAUGGAGGGCGCCGGGCUCGACGGCGUGAAGCUGAGCUCGAGGACGGUGAGCCAGGCGAAGCUGCUGCUCAAGAUGAAGAGCGGCUGCGGCGGCGGCGGGUUCCGCGUCGUGGAGGGCGACGGCGGCAUGGCCAUGUCGCUGGCGUGGCGUGACAUGGCUCUGGCUACGGCGACCUUGUGGCGGCGGCGACGGCGGCGGCGGCGAUGUCGGUGA